AAGUUUAGAUCGCAAGAGUUCGAAGGCACGGUUCAUAUCGCGCAUCCUCGUCCGUUCUCUGUCGCAAGCAGAUUUCUUGUAGUCUGAAACAUUCACGGGGUGAAAGAAUUUUCUAUUAUUUUUCAUUCGUUCAAAUGUUGAUUCGGUGUGGAGAUUGUUCGAGUUCGUUAUGUUGCGAUCUGCAAUCAGAUUCACACUUCUGACCGCGUUAGUUUUCGCCGUCAGUCCCACGGGACGAAAGCAUUAAAUUUUUUUCUUGAACACCUGUAAAAUGAACCACUAAGCCCACUUUGAAUAAUUCAUGUUUGAAAAUCGUUGAGAUGAUCUACGAAAAUAGAGAAAUCAUAUUUUCAAUAUCACCGGAAAAAGGAUCAAACUAACCAGCGGCUAUGAAAGCGAGUCGAAAAGGUACGAGAUUGAACGAUUAUAAUUACUUCAAGCAACCACCUCCACGUCUGCGAAAUCGAAUGACUGCGAUGUGCGUUCUUCCAAAUAUAUGUGUGCUUCGUGAUAAAAUCCGUGUGACGAAAACACACGAUUUUCUACUUCAAGGAAGGAAAGAUGAAAGAAUAAUUUCUAACAACGAGCGUCGUGGGGAUUCUGUAGACUGGGAUCACAAAUUCCGAUCAUCCUUAAAACCACAUACCGAAAUCUCAACCGAGAUGAAUCCAGAUGAAAUAAAGAUAAAAGUCGGAGUAAAAUUGAGAGGAAUACAGCGAGUAGAAGAAAGUACCGAGAAGAAGCCCGAAAAAAUCCACAAUUCGUUUAUCGAAGAUCGUCGAGGGGAUUACAAUAGCCGACAUAUUUCCGAAACCUUCCAGACGUCUAAGCGUCCCUUUUUACGUCAGCACUGGGAAUCGAUGAUUACGACGGCAUUGACGGAUGGCUUGUCAAUUUUUCGAUCCCCACAUCGGAGAAAAGAUUGAAUUUUAAAAACCAUUCCUUUGUGUCAGAAAAUUAAAAAAAAAAAAAUUGAAAUAAAACAAAAAAAUAAAUAAAGAAGUAAAUAAAUGAAUGAACAAAUGGAUAAAUAAAUAAAUGGCAAUCCCAUUCCACGGAAACUGACCCUUUUCGCUUUGAGAAGGCUCCCUAAGUACCGGUCUGAUGUUGGCUUGAUGAAGUA